CGAAGAAUUCAGCGUUAUAUCACGGCCAGGAGCUAAAAACUACUCUUAUCUUUCGGAACCAUUGCCGCUACACACUGAUUUGCCCUAUUAUGAGUACAAGCCUAGUGUAACCAUUUUACACACGUUGGAACAAUCUCAGUCAAAAGGUGGUUGGAACUCUUUAGUCGAUGGUUUUCACAUUGCCAAUCAAUUGAAGGAAAAACAUCCUGAAUAUUUCAAAAUAUUAACAGAAACUUUGGUAGAUUGGUGUGACAUAGGACAAGAUGGCGGCAUACAAUUCCAUAAUAUAUUAAGAGCACCUGUUAUAAAUAUUGACAAAGACGGCCGUUAUACACGCAUCAAUCACAGUGUUCCACAACGUGAUAGUCACUUUACCGUUGAUAUUGACAAGGUAGUGCCCUGGUAUCGCGCCAAUGCUUUAUUUGUACGUAUGGCCCAUGAACAAACGGUGAAUUUCAAAACUGAACCUGGAGAUGUUAUAACUUUCAACAAUUUACGCAUGUUGCAUGGACGUACUGGUUAUGAUGAUACCGAAAAUAAUGUACGUCAUAUUGUGGGUGGUUUUGUCGAUUGGGAUAUUGUCUAUUCAAAAUUAAGAGUACUUAAAACAGCGUUACAAAAUAAGGUUUGAAGAAAGCCAUUCGGAAUACGCUUAAAGUAAUUAUUAGCGUUUUUGUUUAUUUUUUACUGUUUAUAAAAAGUAUUACACUUAAAGUAUAAAAAACCUACUAACAAAUAUACUCCUACUUGAUUAAGUUUAACACUAAUACUUUUCUUUAUAAACUAUACAUAUUUAGUUUAUAAUCGUAUGAUUUGACAAAUUAAUAUUUUCUUAACAAUAUUUGC